AAUCACCCCUUGAGACAAUUCUCUUGUGUCAAUUGCCUUUCCGGUUUCCAUCUUCCUUUUCCAAUUUCUCUGUGAGAAAACGUGGAUAUUUCUACGGCACCAUGGUGCGAAUGAAUGUUUUGGCUGAUGCCCUCAAGUGCAUAAACAAUGCAGAGAAGCGCGGGAAGCGCCAAGUGCUCCUCCGGCCCUGCUCCAAAGUCAUCAUCAAAUUCCUCACAGUGAUGAUGAAGCACGGCUACAUUGGCGAGUUUGAAAUUGUCGAUGACCACAGAUCAGGUAAAAUUGUGGUAAACCUCACAGGACGGCUCAACAAGUGUGGAGUGAUCUCGCCCAGAUUCGACGUCCCCAUUCGUGACAUUGAGACGUGGACAAAUGCCCUGCUGCCUUCUCGACAGUUUGGGUAUGUUGUUUUGACGACGAGUGGAGGGAUCAUGGAUCACGAGGAGGCCCGACGAAAACAUCUUGGAGGAAAGAUUCUAGGCUUCUUCUUCUGAAAGGCUUUGAAGUAGUUUUGGAUGGAUUGUGCGCAGUGAUUGCAAUAAAAAUCAUUUCGUACAUCCCGGAAAA